AUGAAGGACUUUGGAGCAGGAUAUCUGGAACCAAAGGACUUCAAAACUCUAUCCAUGAGCUCCAUCAUCCGGCACAUGGAUAUGAGGCAGUGUCCACAGUCAGAAGAAAACAAGUCAUUAAAAGUUCGGAUGGCAGCCCCUGAUAACUCCAAAUAUUACUCGCCUGGCUCUGAAGGCAAGAGAUACCCAUCCAGAGAGCCAGGAUACCGAGAGCUACGAAGAAAGCCAUCUGGACACUUAACACCACUUAGACCGGAUGACAUGGACACAGAUGGAGUAGUCUCAGUCGCAGUCGGACCCCCGCCUAUAAGACCUAAAUUCGACAGAAGCAAAGCAAUGCGCAAAAACGCAAUUAAUAAUAAAACUCGCAUCUCAAGAGCACCGAAUGAUAUUGCUGUCAACUUUGUAAAGGAUGUCCUCACACAACUGGGCAGAGAGUUUCUGACACAUCAAGUCAAUGAAGACUUUGUAUUUGGACAGUACGUCGGCAAUUCCAUGAAAAAUUUAACAAGCGCUUUAAAAGUAAAUAUGCAACAUGACAUUUUAGAACUAAUAGUGAAGUAUCAGAGACUCAACCACAAGAACAAUAUUGGUGAUAUAAGUAAAGAAGAAAUCAAGACAACAGAAGAGGAUAAGAAUAAAGUUCCGAAAUAUGAGCAAACGGAUAAAAAAACGACACAUGAAACAGAUGUACCUUGGCCGGAUUUUUCUAACUUAGAAAACAUAGUUGGUUAAGUGAAAGCUCUAGUAGGUAGUAUUAAUAAAAUAUACCGCCAACCGGGGUGAAUAGGGAUGACGGGUGAAUAAAAACAAAACUUAAAAUGUGUUUUACCUGACAUUUUUUUGCAAAAUACUUACACAAAUUGUAUCAUACAAAAUCUACUGUUAUUUUCAAUCGAAUGGUACGAUUUGUGUGAGUAUUUUUAAAGAAAUUGUCAGGAAAAUGUCUUUUUUAAAUUUGUCCCUAUUCACCCCGUUUAACGGUAGUAGUUUGGAGAAAAUUUAAAGAAAACCCGAGUAGGUACUUAUAAGAUCGAGAUGAAAACAGUAGUUUUAAUAAAAUACGUACAUUUACAAUUAAAGAGACAAAAAUCAUCCUGUCCAUAUCCUCCUCCUCCACUCUGCUUGAAAUAAUCCUGAGUUGACCUAAAUAAGUUAUUGGCAAAAAAAUCAUUUUUGGUAUCUACAAGCUUUUAUCGCUGGCUGUACAUUUCUUACCACAGUCAACUAAUACUCAUCGAGACAAUUCUAAAAACCCCAAACACAAGGUUGCGUUUUUUCAUCACAGAGUUCCUAUGGCCAAUAGGCCACCUCCUGCCUCCAUCAUCAGAUCAGCUCGAUGGUACCAUAACAUUGCAUUUUCACCCGACUUACCUACAUAUGUAUGCAAAUUUUCAGCUCAAUAGGAAAUGGGGAAGUGGGUCAAAAUUAGUUUCCAAGAUUUGACCCACACUAACUAACAAACCAACAUAUUAUACAUGCCAUAAACUGACAAGCCAUUUCCUAUCUCUAUCACACGUACAUAAUUUUAUAUUGCUGUCGCGAUGGUGUCGGUGGUCAAUGCCACCGUGUGAGCGAGUCAGCAAUAUAAUUAUGCGCGUACGAUAGAGAUAAGAAAUAUCGUGUCAAUGUAUGAGAUUCUUCGUGCUGAGCAUCCUUCCUUUAGUGAUUUUAAAGUACGUAAGACAAAAAUAAGCCCGAUAAUAAUCGUUUGUCCCUUUCCGACGUAUUGGUAUGAUGGAAAGGGACAAUCAAUUAUUAUCGGCUUGUCAACUUUAGUAAACGUUUAUGAAUAGGGGGGUUAGUGUUUGAGAAAGGAGACCCAGGCUCUCCGAAACAUGUCGCGCGAGUGACUGAAAACACGUGAAUUUAAACUGUAAAAUUAAUUUAAUAACCCUUUAGUGGGUAACGGCAAGAUAUUUGCCGUCAUACCACUCAGAUAUUUUUUUUUUCUCAAUGAACGUGUUGUUAGUUAAUAUAAAUUUUGGUUCGCAUAAGAGAAUAUACUCGUACCAAUCUACGAAAAAAGGAGAGCUGAUAAACGUUACUCCAUCCCUUGUUAAAUGAUGAUUCUUAGGCCUGAACUUAGAUUUUUAACUAUUGCCUACAUUUGAACAAAAAUGUUUGUAAAUAAAAUAUUAUAUUUGCUGGAUUCAUCCGAUUGUCACAAUUCUCUAUUUUCAGAGACAAGUUUGGCUAUAUAAAGUUUAAAGAAAAUAAAUCUGUUAUUUGAUAAUUAAAAAAAAAUGAAGACGGCAAUAUAUUUGCCACUAUCCGUUAAGUGUCUG